AUGCAUAUCUAUCUAUCUAUCUAUCUAUCUAUCUAUCUAUCUAUCUAUCUAUCUAUCUAUCUAUCUAUUUAUGUCAGCCUUUUGCAUUUCUCUAUUUUUAUUAUCCUCAAGUCCGUUGUUUGUUUGUUUCUUUUCCUUUUAAGAUUUUCCGCUUUCUUUUUCUUGUUUGAUUUUUUUCUCUCUCAUAAUCCUCUUUCUCCUUACGUUUCUUUAGAAGUGAUUUCACACGCGAGGAUUUUUCACUGUUUUUCCCGAAAUAUCAUAUUCUUCAUCUUCUUCUUCUUCUUCUUCUUCUUCUUCUUCUUCUUCUUCUUCUUCUUCUUCUUCUUCUUCUUCUUCUUCUUAACGCCUCCGAAAACAUCAAAUUUCAAUCAAACAUCAGUACUACUCGUUUAUUCCGGACUUAAAACUAUCUAUCUAUCUAUCUAUCUAUCUAUCUAUCUAUCUAUCUAUCUGCGUGCCAUAUUUAAGAAUCUUGUUUUAUAUUGUUUGAAAAUAAGCCUUUUCUUUAUUUAG